GCCACACGCGGAGUCCCCAGGUCGGAGGCCCCGUCGCCACAGCAGCGGCAGCUCCCAGAGCCCCUCCCUCUCCUCCCACUACAGCGAUUCCAGAUCACCCAGCAGGCUGAGCCCCAAGCACCGAGAUGACGGGCGGAAGACGGGCAGCCAGCGGUCCAGCGGGAGCCGGUCGCCUUCCCCGUCCGGCGGCAGCGGGUGGGGGUCGCCCCAGCAGAACGGCGGCAACAGACAGCGGAGCGGAGCGCACGGGGGCCGCCCCGGCUCGGCGCACAGCCCGCCAGAUAAGCCCAGCUCGCCCUCGCCCAGGGCCCGCGACCAGGCGGAGGCCGGCGCAGCCACGCCGCCCACGCGGGGCAAGGAGAGCCCGAGCCCGCGCUCGGCUCCGUCGUCGCAGGGCAGAGGAGGCCGCGCGGCGGGCGGGACGGCCAGGCGGCGGCGGCGGCGACGGCGGCGGCGGCGCUCCCGGUCCUCGGCGUCCGCGCCCCGCCGCAGGGGCCGCCGGCGCGCCCGGCCCGCGCCGCCCCGGGGUUCGUCGCGCUCGCUCAGCAGGGCCCGCUCCAGCAGCGACUCCGGCGGCGGCGGCGGCGGCGGCGCCCCCGGCCCCGGGCCCGAGCCCGGCUCCGAGCGAGGCCACGGCGCGCACGGGAAACGGACCAAGGAGCGGCCCCCGCGCGCUCGGCCGGCCAGCACCUCCCCGUCCCCGGGCGCGCACGGCAGGCACGGCGGCCCGGAGGGGAAGAGCUCGUCGCGCAGCCCGGGCCCCCACCCGCGCUCGUGGAGCUCCAGCCGCUCGCCCUCCAAGUCCCGCUCGCGCUCCGCGGAGAAGAGGACCCGCAGCCCCAGCCGCUCGCCGUCGCCCAAGAAAACCCUGGGCCGGGACAAGGACGGCGAAGGCCGCGCAAGGCACGCCGAGGCCGAGGCCGCCCGCGCCCGGCGCCGCUCCCGCAGCUACUCGCCCAUCCGCAAGCGGCGCCGGGACUCGCCCAGCUUCAUGGAGCCGCGGCGCAUCACCAGGUCCAGCCUGCCGAGUGGCCUGUGGCCGGCCUGGGGGCCGAGGGGACCCCCUCCCCACAGGCUGCAGGGGAGAUGCCCAUUGCCCGAAAGCGUCCCAUCCCCUACUACCGGCCCAGCCCCUCGUCCUCCUCCAGCUGCCUGAGCAGCGACUACUCAAGCCGGAGCCCCAGCCGCAGCCCCAGUCCCGGUCACAGCCACGGAAGCUACAGCAGCCGCAGCCGCGGGACCCGCAGCCGCACGCGCAGCCCCUCCCGGACCCCCAGUCCCAGCUACCACAGCCGGAGCAGCUCAGAGAGUGGGGGCUUCUGAGCCCGGACAGACCCAGCUUGGUGCCUCCUGGCAUAGGGAGAGGCGAGGGGUCAGGCCCCAGGACCCGUGAGGGGGCCUGCACCCCACUGCUACAAGGGGGUCCCCGGGCCAGGGAAGACCUUGAGUGUGGGCGCCCUGCAGACAAGGAGGAGCUGGGUUCUGCUGCUUCUAGAGGGUCCCCACCCCCACCUCCUGCCUGCCCACCGUGUCCAGGGAACAAAGAGCCGUUGCGAACACAGGGAUCGCCCUGUCCCCCUUCCUGCUUGAUGCCAGCUCACCAGGCUGGGGACAGCUCGGUGGACCCAGGGACACCUCGGAAGGUGCCAGACCUGGAAGCCUCCCGCACCCACUCCACAGGGCCCUUGGCUCCUUUCUAUCAACGCGCAGACGAGGAGGUGGGAUGGCAGGCAGGAUCUAAGUUAGACAGAAGGAAGAACGACCUAACCCUUGGUGCAUCACCAUCCAAGCUGGGGAGCGGCUUCCUUCUGAGCUGGCUGCAGGAUCCUGGCUGAUGGCUGGAGGCUGGCCCCACAGCCUCCCCCGACCCCUCCCCUGGCCCAGGAGGACCCAGACUAGGUGGGCCCCUAAGCCCCAGCCUGAGGAGCCAGGGAGCUUACUCUUGGUCCCACCUCUCCCUUCCAGGCCAGGCUCUCCCCUUCGGCCCUCACCCCAUGCCCCGGGCCAAGGCCGUAGCAGCAGCCAGGCCUUCUGCAUGACAAGAGGUGGGAAGUAUAGAUUAUGCCGCAUCGGAGCCUGACAUCAAAAGGGGUUCAGGUCAGAAGGUGAAGAGAGAAGAGGUAGAUGGAAGAGAGCCUGUGAGGAGUGGGAGAAGGCAACGCAGUCCAAUGACCGAGCAAGCCCUGGUGUCCCAGUGUGCCCUGUGUCUGGGACAUGGGCCAGAUGGCAGCACAGGGUCGCAGGUAUAGGAUAACAGGCACUUCGGGGCCUGCCCGAGGGAGCUCUUCCUUCUCGGGAUUUGGUGGGGAGGUAGUCAGUGGAGGCUACCCAGAGAGGGGUGCUACAGCAAAGGGUAAGAUCUAGAUGAAGGGCCUCGGCCUGGGACCUCGAGUGGCACCCCCCCACCCCCAGCCCUCUUCUGCUGCUCCCAGCCCACUCCUCCUGGGGCCCUCAGGGAUCUCACAAAGUCUUCCUUGGCCCAACAGGGCAUCUGCCCUGGGCUCCCACAGGGGGGAGGGGUCUGGGGUCUGGUCCGGGUUCCCCCCUCUCUAUUUUCCCCUCCCUCUUUCUCCGCGGUGCGGAUAAAAAUUGGACUCUAAUAAACACUCGGUGCCCGGAUGGCAGGUGGUGA